CAUUGUUGUCGCCGCCCUUUGAUAAUGCAGCAUGGGCGAAAAUACCAGACCCAAGAGCUACAGCUGAGGAAGCAGACCCCUGUACUGUCAACGUUUUUACGUGAUUGAACGAAAGUGAUGUUCCAACAAUGCCGAUAGUGGAUAAACUCAAAGAGGCAUUAAAACCUGGUCGAAAGGAGACGGGCGAUGAGGGGGACCUCAACAAGCUUCUGGCUUCUUCUGCCAAGAAGGUCCUCCUGCAGAAGAUUGAGUUUGAGCCGGCCAGCAAGGGUUUCUCCUAUCAACUGGACAGCCUGAAAAACAAGUAUGUGAUCCUCAAUCCCAGGAACGAGGGCGCUACGAGCCAGAAGGCCACUGAGCCUGCCCAAAUAAAGAGGCAAGUUUCAGAGAACACCGUUGGCGGCCAGAGCGAUGGGAUCCCCACACCACAGAAGAUGCUCUUCCAAGGGAACAAGCUCACCCUUAAAUGGGAGCGUGUCUACAGGGUGGGAGCCGGUCUCCACAACCUCGGGAACACCUGCUUCCUCAACUCCACAGUGCAGUGUCUCACCUACACCCCGCCACUUGCCAACUAUUUACUCUCAAAGGAGCACAGCCGUGCCUGUCACCAGUCGGGCUUCUGUAUGAUCUGUAUAAUGCAGAACCAUAUCAUCCAAGCCUUUGCCAACACAGGCAACGCCAUCAAGCCUGUCUCCUUCAUCAGAGACCUGAAAAAAAUUGCCAGACAUUUUCGCUUUGGAAGCCAAGAGGACGCCCAUGAAUUUUUGCGGUAUACCAUCGAUGCCAUGCAGAAAGCCUGUCUCAAUGGCUACCCUAAGCUUGACAGGCAGACCCAGGCCACAACGCUGGUUCACCAGAUUUUUGGAGGCUACCUCAGGUCAAGAGUGAAAUGCUCUAUUUGUAAAAGUGUGUCAGACACAUAUGACCCUUACCUGGACAUCGCUUUGGAGAUUCGACAAGCAGCAAACAUUGUGCGAGCCCUGGAACUGUUUGUUAAAUCAGACGUACUCAGUGGAGAGAAUGCCUACAUGUGUGCCAAGUGCAAAAAGAAAGUCCCAGCGACCAAGCGCUUCACAGUCCAUCGAACAUCUAACGUACUGACUCUGUCACUCAAGAGGUUCGCCAACUUCAGCGGAGGAAAAAUAACAAAGGAUGUUGGUUACCCAGAAUUUCUGAACAUCCGCCCCUACAUGUCCCAGAGCUCAGGCGAUCCUGUUAUGUACGGCCUCUACGCUGUUCUGGUACACUCUGGCUACAGCUGUCAUGCUGGCCACUACUAUUGCUAUGUCAAGGCCAGCAACGGACAGUGGUACCAGAUGAAUGAUUCAAUGGUGCACUCUAGUAACAUCAAAGUGGUUUUGAACCAGCAGGCGUACGUGCUUUUCUAUCUGAGGAUCCCUGAAAGCAAGAAGAACGCAGAUGGACAGGCCACCAAGCAGGCAAUGUUGCAUCCUGGGAAGAACAGUGUGUCGUCUGAACAGAUAAAGAGGGCCAACCUGAACGGGCCUCUCUCCUCCCCGCAGAUCACAAAGAAACUCGAGCCUGCACAACUGCGUAAGAUCCAGUCCAUGGAUGGAGGUUUGGGCCUGCCCAUUUCCAGGAACGGCGUGAGCGCUCAGCCUCAUCCCCGACCUUCCAACUGGAUGUCAUCCUCCAAUGGCCCAACAAAGCUGCUGGGUGGGCCCACGAUGAUCGAUGAGCCUUUCAAGAAGCUGAAGAAGCCGUCCCCCCAGGGCCAAGUGCAGUCCCGCAGCAUCACUCCGACCCCUUCCAACAACGGGGUCGGCAGGGCGGAGGGAGACAGAAAGCAAGGUGGCGAGGGCAGGAGCAUGUCGGCGUCUACCUCAUUUAAGUCUCUGUCUGACUCGUCCUCUGCCGACACCAGCGACUCAAAGGACUCCGUGGGGACCAAAAGUGCGCCCGUAGGAGAGACUCCCUCCACCCCGCGGAAAUCCUCUAACGGCCCGGCGUCUCCAGCCAAGAGCGUGGAGCGCUCUCAGAGCACGGAGGAGCAGAAGACGGCGAAAAUAAAAACCCCGGCUCUCAACAACAUCGCGUCCGAAGCCACCAGCACCAUGUCACCUCCGCCUGCAAAGAAGCUGGCCCUGUCAGCCAAGAAGGCUCGCAGCCGGAGACCGAGCAGCAUUGAUGCUCUGCCCCCUUCGCCGCGCCAGCUGUCCAGUGACCCUACGCAUCAAAAUCAACUUAACCCCUUCACCUUUGCCUCACCUACUCACACUCACAGAGCUGGUCCAUUCCAUUCACCUAAAGUCCAGUCAUCGCCUUUUGCCCACUUAAGUGGAUCCUUCAAACAGCAGAGCCCUCAGAAACAGUCCCUUCCCUCCACACUGCAAAAAACAAACGCCAGCCUUUCUCUUAAAACCAACGGGCUUCACAGCGCCGGCCCAAAGAGCCCCAAGUCUUCCAACAACCUCAGCUCCUUGGUCCAAGAACCAGACCUCAACAGCACUCCAGCUCAAAAGGUCAACCAAAAGAAGAAGAAGAAAAAGAAGCGGCGGCAUUCUGAGGUGGAGGCUGACGCAGAGCCAGUGGCAUCCCCGGUAGCGGUGACACAGAUCGACCCUGUGGAAUCGGCCGGCGAGAAGAAGCGGAAGAGGAAAAAGAAAAAGCGAAAGAAGGAGCAUGAAGAUGGACAGACUGUUAAGGAAAGGGAGUGUGUCCUGUCUCACCUGGAAACACCGAACCAGGAAGAGGACUGGUGUCAGGGUGGCAUAUGGAGCCUUACGUCCCAUCCAGAUGCAGAACAGUCCAAGCAAAAGCCUCAGCUAGCGCCAAAAACCCCAACACAGUGUGAGUCGAAUCAUGAAGAACAGGGAAGGGACUCUGUACAGUUGAAGAAGAAGAAAAAGAAAAAGAAGAUGCAGCUGGUGGAGGAUCUGCAGGACACAACUUCAGCAUGCUCUGCACCAGACAGCACUCCCGAGAUUAAGGUCGCGGUCGUUCAGAAUGAUACCGGAGAUUUGGAAACAUUGAAAAAGAAAUUAAAGGUGAAGAAGAAGAAAAAGAAGAGGCUAAAAGAAGAGGUUGGACUGUGGGAGGAGAGCAGGCGAUGCUCAGACGGGCCGAACGACGAGCCUGAAGCAGUGGAGACCACUUCCAAAGAGAACGCCACGGAGAACGGCAAAAUAAGUAAAGAAGGCACAGCCACAGUGGUAGUUUGGGACAGCCAAGUGAAGGACGGCUACAAACGCAGCCAGGCGCCAGCGUCGGAUGGGAGUGAAUUAGGAGAAACCCCGACCCGUGCUGCUCCUGUAGCCUGGGACGGGAAAAAGACAAGUGGGGUGGUGGAGGAGCUGCUCAGUUACGCCACAGAUAAGGCCUACGGAGCCAACGUCCUCAGUUGGGAUGGAGAGGUCUCUGCCAUCAGUAGAGACGCAGCUGAAGAUGUCCGCCACGCCAAGUGUGACACUGUGAUCGAUGAGUGGGAUGAAGACUUUGACAGGGGAAAGGUUAAGAAAAUGAAAAACUAUAAGAGAGAGAAGUGGAGAAGCGGUGGCAGCAGCAUCUUCCAGAAGAUCCAGGACAGGCGGAGCAAGUGGUCUGUAACACCUGGAGGAAAGAGGGUUUUUGGAGUCCGUCGAUGAGAAAAAUCCAGAUUGCCGUUGAGGUCGUGCUGAUUGGAAAUAGAGACAACAAUACUGUAUACUAAACGUCUGUACCUUUUUUCUCUUUUUUUUAUUUUUAUUUCUCUGUCUUGUGUUAAGUUGAGACCCAAAAUCCUGAAUAAGAUAUGAGUUCUAAAGCAGUCAGACAGCCCCUUCUAUCUCAAUUUGAAACAAACAUGAAGUGUUUUCUUCGAGCUUCAGUGUUCCCCUUUUAAUCCAAAUACCACAGUAGAUGGCUGAAGCUUCUCUAUGCAUGCAAUAUUUAACAGAAACCCUUACACCUCCAUAUCAAAUGAAUAUUUAUAUGCAUCCUUUGAGCCUUGGUUAUUGCCACAACAAUGUUGAGCUGAAAUGAAAUACAGUGUACCAUAUAUGGGGAUGGGUGGGCUAAGAAUGAAAUAAUGAAAUAUCUGCAAUACAUUGACUGUCUUGUAUUGGAAACU